AUGCGAACUUCGAGAGGUCUACGGAUCACCUCCCUUAUUGUCGCAUUCCCGGUACUCCUCAUCCUUAGUUCCCUCGUUCUUAUUUGUGCGCUAGCUAUUCAGACACAAGUCAAAGCUUGGGCCGCUCAACAUCAACCCCAAUUUCUUGAUGUAGCCCAGCGUCCCAUUUCGAGACUUGCAACAUCCACAGCACUCGCACUUUCACCCAAACCAUUCACUCGACGUUUUCGCUUAAAACAUUUUCUACCAUCCACUGUUUGGUCAUGGCUCGGCGUGCUCACCGUGUUUGCUCUGAUCACCGUGCAAAAGUUGGAUAUUGUUUCCUGCAGCCAAAAGGCCUACGCUUUUAUUACACCACCAUCAUCACCCACAAUGGCACCUGUAUCCACAACCUCAACGACAUUGGCAGAUGAAAAUAGUGAUCAUGUUUCGUUGUCUGCAUCAUCGCCGUCAUCAUCAACAUCCUCUUCUUCUUCCACCAAGCCAUUGUCUUCAAAGCCACGGAAGAAAAAGUUGAGAUCCAAGCAACAUCAACAGCGAGUUUCAAAGCAACAACAACAACAACAUUAUCGUCAUCAUCAAUCUGCAGCAGCUGCAGCUCCACCAUCGCCACCUCCUUCACCUCCAGUGCGUCAUGCAUCUAAGCCUACAAUGACGACCACCACUGCUGCACACAAUGUACUUGAAGAUACCAGCAGCAGCGAGGAAGAAGAAUGGAUCAAUGUUGGCGAUAAGAAAAAGAAGCAACGACAAUCGCACAAUGACCCUAUUCAUCAUCAUCAUCAUCAUUCUUCAUAUGAACCACCCAAGACGCCUGUUAUGAGUGAUGCUGAUGAAGAAGAAGAAACCGAAACUGAACCUGAAGAAACACCAGUGGUUGUUCAGGAACCACAACAACAGCAACAGCAACCACAGGAACAGGAACAGCAACAACAACAACAACAAACAAAUGAGCAACAACCUGUCAUUCGCAAUUGGUAUUCGCCAUUCUCCACAGGGCUUGAUCUGGAUAUCAUGCCCACACGUAACAAGGAUCCAUACCAUCAUCAUCAACAUCAUCAUUGGCGUGAAGAUCCAUUUUAUCAGCAUGCACCCUUGUUCGAACAUCAACAAGCAUUUUCUUUCUUUGAUCGUCCUCAUCAUGCCAUGAGAGUCUAA